GGCCUGUGUGCUUGGGUCCAGUUGAAUGAGAGGGACAUGGUCUCUGACCUCCAGGAGCAUAUGAAGAGUGUGACGGAGGGGUGGGCAUUGUGGGAUGCCAGGAAAUGGUCUCGCAGUGCUGCCCUUCUACCGCACGCUGUGUCCCAGACCCUUGGUGAGAGGGCAUUGAGAGGGGCAUUGGCACCGGGCUUACACCACCCAUCACAGCGCUGAGGACCUGUUCGGUGCAGGCCAGGGGGCUGAUUAUGUUCUGGUGUGGCUCAUUCUCGACUUGUGGUCUGAGCCCCCGCUCAGACACCUGGAGGCUGCCUGGGUGUUGAGGAGUGGAGAGAGGUCAGACACCGUUCUGCUGGGCAAAGUGACAAGGGCAGGUUUGAGAGAUGAGAGUGAGUCCAGCACUGGACAUGGGCUCUCCACCUUCCCCCUGGAGCCCCUGGUGGAGGAAUCUGGAACUCUAGAGAAGAGCUCUCGCUGCCCAUCCAGGUGUGGGGCCCUUGGGGUUUAGAAGGUCUUGGAAGCCACAGGUGUGACAGUGAGAGUCCAGAGCGUGGCAUCAGCGUGAGGGUCGGGCCUCGGCGGACAUAGCCAGGUGCAGACAGACCCCAUGUGCCCUGACAGGUACUGGAGCUCCCUGCGGAACCUGGUGGUGUCUCUGCUCAACUCCAUGAAGUCUAUCAUCAGCCUCCUUUUCCUGCUGUUCCUGUUCAUCGUGGUCUUUGCCCUGCUGGGCAUGCAGCUGUUUGGGGGACAGUUCAACUUUCAAGAUGAGACCCCGACAACCAACUUUGACACCUUCCCCGCGGCCAUCCUUACCGUCUUCCAGGUAAGGCUUCUGGUUCCCUCAGCUCUCCAGGUGCUGGGAAGGCAGCCUUCCCUGUCAGACCCUUGCUGGUGCCUCAGCACAACCUGAACAGCCAAAAUUUCAGAUAGAACUUUCCAGAAAACAGAAGAGAACAAGCAGGAGAUGAGCAUAGGGAGGUCUCCAGUGUGUAGGCCUCCAGUCCCUGGGUCCCUGCCACCAGAUCUAGGAACUAGUUCUGGAGGGAAGCUGGGUGCUGUGAUGCUGUCCCAACAAACAUGUGUAGGUCCCUGGGGGACCCAACUGUCUAGUGGCCAUUGGACUUCAAGCCGCCAACUUAUGUCUCAGCACCAGGACCUGGAGUCAGGGCUGUCUUUGACCCUUUGAGAAUAAAACAGCAAAGCACUACCUAAGCUUCUCCCUCCUGUAUGUCAGGUCUGGUGACCCUUCAGUUCUUUUUUGUGUCUGGACAACUUGGUCACCAUGACUCCUGGAGAAGCUCAGGCUCUUGGCCCAUGUCCUCUGUGAUGCAAACCUUGCAUCAACUCAGGUGAUCUCUGCCCUCUCAGAGGGUUCCCUUUUGAAGGGUUUAGCAUUUUGUCCCCUUGCAGGGCUUUGGCAGCCCUGAUGCCCCUGUGGCUGUCCUCACCUGUAGGAGGAUGCCAAAUGUCUCUGUCGUAUGUAUGAACCUCCUCGGACACCAUACCUGUGACUGAGCAGGGU